AGAUACACAUAGAAACAAGAAAGCCAGGCUGUGCUCAAGAUCCUGUGCUCUCUCCAAUGGAACCUGAGUCCUCCCUCCACAAGGUUGUUGUUCCUUUAGAUCUAAACUAUCCGAGGAUUUGUUCCCACUGCCAAACCAGCAAAACAUCGGUAUGGCGCAACGGCCCCUUUGGCCCCAAGUCUUUGUGCAAUGCUUGUGGGAUCCGAUAUCACAGAAAGGGAAUUGAUGCUCUUGAGUUAGAAGGUAAGAGGAGCAAAGACAAGAAGAGGAAGACGAGUAGAAACGAGGUUCCACUCCGGAGGGGAUUGAGGAAAAAUAAUAAGAAUGCAAAGGAGGUAGAUUUUGGAGUGAGGAUGAUGAUGGAGGGAUGCCAAUCAGAACCGAUGCUAACACAGGGCCAACAAUACGAAGAUGAUGUGAAGAAGGCUGCUAUCCAACUAAUGUACCUUUCAAGGGCCGCAAACACUUAAUCAAGCACAAGCAAUAGAGCUCUCUAUGUUGUUCUCUAUUUUGUAUGAAACUUGUCAUAAUCAAAUCAGAAAAGUGAUAAUGCAGUAUUUAAUUUGACUGACUACUAAAUUGAUAUUCCAAAUUAUGUAUCUUGCUUGUAGUUAAAACAAAGAGUAAUAGUCUAAGAGAUGAUAGCUGAUACUUUCAA